GAAAAAGGACUCUGGGAUCUGGUUUUCGCUCGCCGCUCCCGUGCUCGGGUCACUGUGUGUGGGUUUGAAAAGCAAGAAGAGAGGAAUAAAACCCACCGGCUCCAUACCCCCGCCGUGGGCGCUUUUAAUUUAGCAUUUUCCUCGGUUUUUUAAAACAACCCCUCUUCACAAUGAACAAAUUGUACAUCGGGAACCUCAGCGACCACACCGGCCCCGCGGACCUGGAAAGUGUCUUCAAGGACGCUAAGAUCCCGGUUGCCGGCCCCUUCCUGGUGAAGACGGGCUACGCGUUCGUGGACUGCCCGGACGAGGGCUGGGCCCUCAAGGCCAUCGAGGCGCUUUCAGGUAAAAUGGAACUGCACGGGAAACCGAUGGAAGUUGAGCACUCGGUCCCCAAACGGCAGAGGAUUCGGAAACUUCAGAUACGAAAUAUCCCGCCCCACUUACAAUGGGAGGUGCUGGAUAGUUUGCUAGUCCAGUAUGGAGUGGUGGAGAGCUGUGAGCAAGUGAACACGGACUCAGAAACUGCCGUCGUCAACGUAACCUAUUCCAGCAAGGACCAAGCUAGACAAGCCCUAGACAAACUGAACGGAUUUCAGUUAGAGAACUUCACCUUGAAGGUGGCCUACAUCCCGGAUGAAGCUGCCGCCCAGCAAAACCCCUCACCGCAGCUCCGCGGUCGCCGGGGCUUGGGCCAGCGGGGAUCAUCCAGGCAGGCGUCCCCUGGAUCGAUGUCCAAGCAGAAACCCUGUGACCUGCCUCUGCGCCUGCUGGUCCCCACCCAGUUUGUUGGAGCCAUUAUAGGAAAAGAAGGUGCCACCAUUCGGAACAUCACCAAGCAGACCCAGUCUAAAAUUGACGUCCAUCGUAAGGAGAAUACAGGGGCCGCCGAGAAGCCCAUUACUAUCCUCUCUACCCCUGAAGGCACCUCUGCGGCUUGUAAGUCUAUUCUGGAGAUUAUGCAUAAGGAAGCGCAAGAUAUAAAAUUCACAGAGGAGAUACCCUUGAAGAUUUUAGCUCACAAUAACUUUGUAGGCCGUCUCAUUGGUAAAGAAGGAAGAAACCUCAAAAAAAUCGAGCAAGACACAGACACUAAAAUCACAAUAUCUCCAUUGCAGGAACUGACGCUGUAUAAUCCGGAGCGUACCAUUACAGUUAAAGGCAAUGUUGAGACGUGUGCCAAGGCUGAGGAAGAAAUAAUGAAGAAAAUCAGGGAGUCUUACGAAAAUGAUAUUGCUUCCAUGAAUCUUCAAGCACAUUUGAUCCCUGGAUUAAAUCUGAAUGCCUUGGGUCUGUUCCCACCUACUUCAGGGAUGCCACCUCCCCCCUCAGGGCCGCCUUCAACCAUGACUCCUCCCUACCCGCAACUGGAGCAAUCGGAGACGGAGACAGUGCACCUGUUUAUCCCUGCCCUGUCAGUCGGCGCCAUCAUCGGCAAGCAGGGCCAGCACAUCAAGCAGCUUUCUCGUUUUGCAGGAGCUUCCAUUAAGAUCGCUCCAGCUGAAGCACCGGAUGCUAAAGUGAGGAUGGUCAUUAUCACUGGACCACCAGAGGCUCAGUUCAAGGCUCAGGGAAGAAUUUAUGGAAAAAUUAAAGAAGAAAACUUCGUUAGUCCUAAAGAAGAGGUGAAACUUGAAGCUCACAUCCGAGUGCCGUCUUUUGCCGCUGGCAGAGUCAUUGGGAAAGGAGGCAAAACGGUGAAUGAACUCCAGAAUUUAUCAAGUGCUGAAGUUGUUGUCCCCCGUGACCAGACACCUGAUGAGAACGACCAAGUUGUUGUCAAGAUAACUGGCCACUUCUAUGCUUGCCAGGUCGCCCAGAGGAAAAUUCAGGAAAUUCUGACUCAGGUAAAGCAGCACCAGCAGCAGAAAGCUCUUCAGAGUGGGCCACCUCAGUCCCGACGGAAGUAAAGGCUCAGGAGACAGCCACCACAGAGGCAGAUGCCAAACCAAAGACAGAUUUGCUUAACCAACAGACGGGUGCUGACCCACCCAGAACCACAUGCACGCGUUUUUACCUAGCCGGUUGUUUCUGAGGACCAGGCAACUCGAACUCCUGUCUCUGUGAGAAUGUAUACUUUAUGCUCUCUGAAAUGUAUGACACCCAGCUUUAAAAAGAAAGAAGAAAGAA